UUAUUUUCAAUACACUUUCAGAUUUCUGGGGUUGUUAUAAAUCUUCACAUUUUCUUGUUAGUUACGGUGUUCAAGAUAUUUCUAGAAUGAACGAAGGCAAUCAAGAUAUGUUAUAUGAAGACCCUUCUAAGAUGUUUACUGGUGUUUGUUUUGUUCUUGUUGGAUUUGACCCCCUUAGAAAAGGCCAGAUUCGGGCCAAGCUCGUGGAGGGUGGUGGAGUUGAUGGAAACAGAUAUGGACCAGAUUGCACCCAUCUUAUUGUUGACGGUAUUACCUAUGAUGACCCUGUAUGUGUUGCUGCUCGGCGGGAUGGGAAAAUAGUUGUUACCAGCUUGUGGGUUGUGCACAGUUUUGAUGUGGGAAUGCCUGUCGAUCCCCAUUCUGUCAUGUACAGACCUCCAAGGGAUUUGAAUGGAAUCCCAGGUGCUAAAUCACUGAUAGUCUGCUUAACUGGGUAUCAACGGCAAGAUCGAGAUGAUAUUAUGACAAUGGUGGGACUGAUGGGUGCAAACUUUUCAAAGCCGUUGGUAGCAAACAAAGUCACUCAUCUCAUAUGCUACAAAUUUGAGGGGGAGAAAUAUGAGCUUGCCAAGAAAAUGAAGACGAUUAAGCUUGUUAAUCACCGGUGGUUGGAGGAUUGUUUAAGGUCUUGGGAAAUCCUUUCGGAAGCAGAUUAUGAUAAGAGUGGGUAUGAGUUGGAGAUGAUGGAAGCUGAAGCCAAAGAUUCUGAAGACGAAAAUGAGGACAUUGCUGCAAACAAAUCUGGAGAGAAUAUAGCUAUCAUGGGUCCUGAACAUCCAAGAAGUCCUAGUCAAUUCCUUGUGAAGCAGGAAGCCUCUACAAACAUUUCAGACUUGAGCACAUUUAGAGGUUUAUCAGGUCUUGGAAACACAAAAGAAUUGUCAUUAUCUGCUUCAAAGCAGUUAAAAUCUGACCAGGUUCGAGCCUUUGAAGAAUCUCCCAAAAGGCAUGCUGAGAUGCUUAAUACCAACUUCUGUAGAACACAUGAAGAGCUGCCAACUAGCAUGCAACAAAAUGGAAGUGAUUUGGUUUUCGUUUCAAAUAGUGCCAGGAAGUCUCCUCAUUCUUGUUCGUCCAGAAAAAGCCCAAGGAGAUUCAGUUCUCCCAUGACCUCUGAACAGGUUCGAGCCUUUGAAGAAUCUCCCAAAAGGCAUGCUGAGAUGCUUAAUACCAACUUCUAUAGAACUAAUGAAGAGCUGCCAACUAGCAUGCAACAAAAUGGAAGUGAUAUGAUUUUCGUUUCAAAUGGUGCACAGAAGUCUCCUAAUUCUUGUUCGCCCAGAAAAAGCCCAAGGAAAUUCAUCUCUCCCAUGACCUCUGAACAAAUUAAGAGUAAUGCAGGAAGUCCCGCUGCUACUGAAACAGGUAUAGAGUUUGAUUGCUUUAACCUGUCCUCUCAGAGAGGACAAGAGAAAAGUGAUUUAGGUGUAAAAACUCCAAGGAAUUUGUCGUUUUCUGGGAAGGGUCAAAGCAGUAGACUGCCUGAGAAAAGGAAGAGCAUUUCAGAUAGUAGCUUCAGGUCACCAAGGACUGGUAAUAACCCUGAAAGCAUACCAGAUGGUUACUUGACAGCAAAUCGUACAGAAGAGUUAAUAAACACGUCAAAGUUACAUAUUCUACAUGAGUUUGACAGUCAUCUGUCAUCUGGGAACACUGCCACUCACUUUGACAAGGGUGUAACUUUAGAUACCGUGCAGCAUCAUGAUUCUACCAUUUCCGAUCCUGUGACACUAAGCACUAGGCGAGGGCAUGACAAGGAUGCACCUCAAAGUGGCACUUGUAGGAUCAUGGGGUCAAAAGACACUAGCCAUGCUACUGUCGAUGUUAAUGGGCCAUUGGAUGAACAGCAUAAUGUCCCGUCUCCAGUUAAAGAAAGAAGAGAUAACCUGAAGUCUAGUGUGCUGGCUGAGUUCGAUAAAGCUGGAGAUGAUUCCAUGUCAGCAUCUAAGCCAUUGAAUAAAAGAUCGCUUUCCAAGAAGACACUAGGAUCUAGACCAAGUCUCGGUAAAGGGGAUGGUAAAAAUCAGAAAGGUUCUUUAUUUAUUAACAAGACUGUUCUGAUGAAUGAUUCAGCUACUUCCAGUAGCGGAGGGAGAGAGGAGACAGAGGAUGAAAAUAUCUUAAGCUCUACAAAGGUUGAGGGCCUCCCUGCAGAUAAUGCAGAUUCGAGCAAAGAGAUCGAGAAAUAUAAACUUUUGGAUUCUGAAAAAGAAGCUGCCAAAACAAAUGAAUCCCUAAAUGAUGAUACUGAGGCUCCAGAGGACCAAGAAGAUGAGGAGUUAAAUGCUCUAAGAGAGAAGUCUACUGGUACUGAAGCACAACAUUCAGGGCUUCGAUCAACGGAGAAGAAACUAAAUGUGAACAAGGUGGUAAAUAAGAAUGACAAGAAGGAUAUUGCAAAGAGACAAAGUACUGAAAACAACAAAUCUGAAACUCAAAAGACUUUUUCUGGCAAGGAGACCAAGUUAAGUGAAUCAACUUCUGUGGGGAAAGCUUCAGAGGAGAAAGUUUCCAAAGGUCCAAAAUAUGUGAAGAAGAAUAGCAAGAAAACUAAUCUAGCUACUAAAAGAGCUGCUGAUUCUGUAGAAGGCGCAGAAAGGAAGAAGUGCAGAACUGAUAGAAACAAGGUAGAAGGGAAGAAAAGAAAAGGGUCUCCAUGUGAACCUGGUAAAGCCACUGAGCAUCAAUUUAAGAGCUCCAUGGAUGUGGAGAAGGAGAACAUACCUGUUAGUGGAGGCCAGAACGCGAGUCAUAAUGAACAUGAGGCUGACAGAACUUCUCCUUGUGGUAAAAAGCCUCGUUCGUUGCAGAUUACAAAAGUACGAAGUGAGCCUAGGUGGUUUAUAGUUAGCGGGCAUCGGCUACAAAGGAAGGAGUUUCAGCAGGUUAUCAAGCGAUUGAAAGGAAAAGUGUGCAGAGAUUCUCACCAGUGGUCAUAUCAGGCAACCCAUUUCAUUGUUCCUGCUCCAGUACGUAGAACAGAGAAAUUUUUUGCUGCUGCAUCCUCUGGAAGGUGGAUCUUGAAGACAGAUUAUUUAACUGCUUGUGUUGAGGCUGGAAAAUUAUUAGAUGAGGAGCCGUAUGAAUGGCACAAAAAGGGAUUGACUGAAGACUUAGCAAUCAGCUUAGAGGCCCCAAGAAAGUGGCGACUUCUGAGGGAGAGGACUGGACAUGGCGCAUUAUACGGAAUGAGGAUAAUCAUAUAUGGAGACUGCAUCGUACCACCACUGGAUACAUUGAAACGAGCAGUCAAGGCAGGAGACGGCAUUAUAUUAGCAACUUCUCCUCCUUAUAGUCGAUUCCUGGAGUCAGGUGUUGACUUUGCCAUUGUUAGUGAGGUCAUGCCACGCUGUGACAAGUGGGUUCAAGAAUUCUUAAGGCAUGAGAUACCUUGUGUGUUGCCUGAUUACUUGGUGACUUACGUGUGCAAACCUGGUUUUACCCUCAACAAUUAUGUGCAAUACAACACUCAUGCUUGGGCAGAAAAAUCACUGAAAAAACAUGUCAGUCGCUUGGAAGAGAUUGUUGAGGAGGAGAUGGUGUCAUCGGAUGACAAUAGUAACGAUAUAGCAUGCCAGGUAUGUGGGUCACCAGACAGGGAGGAAGUAAUGCUGAUAUGUGGUGAUGAAAGUGGGUCUCGUGGAUGUGGGAUUGGCAUGCAUGUAGAUUGUUGUGAUCCUCCCCUUGAGUGUGUACCAGAGGAAGACUGGUUUUGCCCUCAGUGUAGCAAGAACAAAAGCAACACUAGUACCAAAAGGAAGUCCAGAAAAGGGACCUCUACUUCAAAGAAGAAGAAGUGAGAAUCUGUCUUUUGGCUAAGGUCUGUAUAAUAGGUCUUGUUAAGUUAGUAUAUUUAGAUUAGUGAAAUGUACAAAAAUAAUUAUUCGCGUUGCAGCAUCUUGCUGCUUUCCUAGAAGAAGUCGUGGAGAUACAACUUUUAUUUCACCCCUUCAUGCCUUUGUCUGUAACUGUUGUAGUUGAGCAAACACUAAUCUUUUAUGACACUUGUGAUUUUGCA